GGGGCCAUUUACCUUCCGUCAGUCGCGUAAGUAACCAUCCUCCGGAAAAGAAGUUAAAUAUUGCUGACUUGAGAUUUACAUCUUAAACCAUAUCAAUUUUUAACUUCAACAGAACACAUCAAAUUUGAUUGUAGUCGUUGACGGCUGAAAGAAAAAAAUAAUUUGGAGACUUGAACGCAGAUUGAACUAUGUCCAAUAAACAGGCCAUAGGAUGGGCCUUCCUGUGCCUGGUGGGAACCACAUUGAUGGCACCAGCGUUUACGUAUCCACAAGAUCAUCGUUCUCAAAUACAAAGUCAACACGAACAACAACGCCCUGUAUAUACAGGCAAUUAUCCAAUAUAUCAACCCGAACAGGACGCAAGAAAAUUUGUUGAAAAACCAAAUGCUAGCAAAAAAGUAGUGUCGUCGACAGGAAUUGUAGAAGAUCGUAAUGAUUUAGAUGAUGUACAAACUAAUUCUAUAUCGCAAGAAGGCGCUGGUGGUUUUUCUUGGAGUAGCGUAUUAGGAAUGAUUAUGCAAAUGCUGUUCAAUCCAGCAAGUGCAGCCGCUGGACCAAGUAAAUCUGAUGUUCUAGAUGGUGACCAGGCUAUUGCUCCAACAUCCCCGUGGGCUAAUUUGUUAUCUGUAGGUCUGAAAAUCUUAACUGCAUUUUUAGGUGGCGGCAACGUAGCAGGAGAUGGAAUUGACAAAGUUGAUAAUUCUUCCCCCAUGCAGGGUGUAUUGGCGGCGGUCUUAUCUACAGUACUCGGCAGCAGGGAUCCCGAUCAAGUGGCCACCAUGGCUAAACAAGCUGGAGAGUUCAUAAAUAUUGUUGUGAAUCUUUUGGAUGCACUCAAGACAUCUUUCAGUCACAGAUCUAUGUCAGCGAGAUCUUUGGGUAAAAAGGACACUAUGUCUGAUGCUGCUGUAGCUAGCUUAUCUAUUUUCAAAGGUUACAUGAAAACAAUGAAUACGGCAAAUGAUGUUUGUGCUCAGAAGUUUGUAUGUGAAGCUAACAAAGAAUGUUCAGGUGAAACAUCAAGUUCUAGUGCCAUAUACUGCCAGCUUGGAACAUACGCUACUAGUUUCUUAUUACAAAGGACUGGAAACGCACCUUUCGAAGUAUAUUACGAUGCUGGCAGACGUGGACGAUCUGGAGAUGACUGUCGUCAACUCUACUUGGCCUGUAACGAAGUCUAA